AUGGAGGGCAACCCCGCGGAGCACGAUGAAAUCGUAUCUCAAUUCUGUGCUAUGACUGGAACCCAACCUUCAGAGGCACAAGAAUACCUUUCUGCUAAUGGAUGGGACAUCGAAGCUGCUGUCACGGAGUUCUUUGCGGAGCAAGAUGAGGCUUUGCAGGAUGCGAAUACCGGCGGGGGAGAUGGCGGAGGAAACUCCUCCGAUAGCGAUGAUGGCGAGAACCAUGACCUCUUCACGGGUGGUGAGAAGUCAGGACUGGCAGUCCAGAACCCGGAUGAGUUGAAGAAGAAGAUCCUCGAAAAGGCCCGCAGGGCCCAACCUCCUCCUUCUGACGAUCCCGAACCCAGAGCAUCACAUUUCACCGGCACUGCCCGUACCCUUGGAGGCGACGAGGCUCCAAGCCGGGUGAUCGAAAACCCAUCUGAGCCUAUCCAGCAGCGUGCCCAGCGUGUACAGCGGACUCUUCAUUUCUGGGCUGAUGGGUUUUCGGUCGAUGAUGGUGAACUGUUCCGGUCGGAUGAUCCCCGAAACGCAGAGAUCCUAGACGGUAUCCGCCAAGGCCGUGCGCCGCUUUCCAUCAUGAAUGUGCAGCCUGGACAGGAGGUUGAUGUGGAGCUCAAACAGCACGAGGAGAAGUACACCAAACCCAAGCCCAAAUACAAGCCGUUUGCGGGAUCUGGACAGCGUCUGGGUAGCCCAACCCCCAGCGUGAGAAGUGAGACGCCUACACCUUCCUCCUCAGCGGCGGCAUCUUCCACCCAAGAGCCGGCCAAGCCCAGCGUGGACGAGUCAAAACCCACGCUUACUCUACAAAUCCGUCUCGGCGACGGUACGCGAUUGACAUCUCGAUUCAACACUUCGGCUACAAUUGGCGAUGUUUACUCUUUCGUUUCUGCUGCAUCUUCUGAAGCUGCGACCCGUGCGUGGGUGUUGAUGACGACUUUCCCCAGCACAGAGCUUAAAGAUAAGGAUGCCGUUCUUGGCGAGAUGGCUGAUUUCAAGCGCGGAGGUGUAGUCGUUCAAAAAUGGCUGUGA